UUGGUUUUGCUGCUGCUCCUGUCUUGAAUCCUCGCCAAGCCGGCGACGUGUGUCAACAGAUGAGCCUGGUGUAGCACAACUUCUCCUGACGACGACGACGGAGCCAAGGAUCGGGAUAUGGAAGACACCCCCCUGAUACCAAGAGAGAGCACACCGCACGUGAAUUGGCUGUCGCGCGCUUGGUCAUGCCGCCCCUGGGGAACGACAGCAACAGCGGCAACCGCUGUGGAAGACGCCUUCGAGCCAGAGCUCCCCGCGGCAAUCGGCCCAGACAUUUUGUCUCAGAUGGCUGAGUUUGUGGGCGACAAACAAUACCUCUUUUUUGCGCCCGUGUCCCAAGACUGGCGGAGCGCGUGGGGGGGGCGUCCGACGGUCACGAGCUACGCCACGCCGUACACGUCGUUGUCGCAGCUGCGCUGGAGCCUCGACUGCGGCCUGAAGAAGGAAAAGGGGGUGCAGAACGGACGCGUGCUCUCGUCGCUUGCACGCACCGGUGACGUGGGGCUGCUCGAGGUCGCACACAAAAAACUCGGCUGCCGCUUGAUGUCCAGAUUUUUCGUCGUAGCUGCGGGAUGCGGACACCUUGACGCGCUCAUUUGGGCGACGAGAACCGGCGAUCGUAGCUGGGAUGUUAGCGCGAGUUCAGCAGCCGCCAAGGGCGGGCACCUCCACAUCCUCCGUUGGGCAAAGAGCAACCGCCAGCCCUGGCAGGGCGUUACCGUUUGCUCGUCCGCUGCGGCGGGGGGGCAGCUGCACGUGCUCCGGUGGCUGCGGGAAAACGGGUGUCAUUGGAACCAUUCAACGUGCACGGAGGCGGCGAGGGGCGGGCACCUCGCGACGAUCCAGUGGGCGAGACAACAAGGGUGUCCCUGGAGCGUCCGCACUUGUGCCGCGGCCGCAACGGGGGGUCCGCCCAUUCUCCGGUGGCUGAGAGAGCACGGGUGCCCCUGGGAUGCGAACACGUGUUUCGCGCUGGCGGAGGUCGGUGACCUGGCUACAUUGCGUUGGGCGAAAGAGAACGGAUGUCCUUGGGUCCAAUCAAGGGUACUCAGUGCCGCUGCGAGAGGCGGAAACGUCGAAGUGUUGCAAUACGUAUUCGACAGCCAGGGCCACAACCAAGCCUUGGAAGGUCGGAGUGCGGACCUGUGUGGAGUGGCUGCGGGCGGUGGACAUAUUGAUGCCCUGAAGUGGGCAAGGGGGAAGGGGUACCAAUGGAACGAAAGAACGUGUAUGGCCGCCGCAAGGGGGGGUCAUUUGGAAGUUCUGCAGUGGCUCCGCCAAGAAGAAUGUCCGUGGGAUUAUCUCACCAUUCUUGCGGCUGCCACCCAUGGAAACAGGCACGUCUCGAGUUGGGCGCGCGAGAACGGCUGCGAUCUGCCUCCGGAAGCACGGGAGCCUGCGUGCUGCUGCCGCCGUUGCAUAGAGUUCUUCGACGUGGGCGAAAAUUGUUGUCAAACGACGUACAUUUUGCUCUACUGCUUUUGCCUCUAUUUGCCGGCUAAGUGGUGCGGGAUUCUGGGAGAUCGAGUCUCCAACAUGCAGCUCCGGCGUUCUGCUCGCGCAUGCUGCCAACGGUGUUUCAGGGGCAGUGCAGCCAUAUCAUGAAGUACUGUAGUAGUAUUGAAAUAUAUACGAGGUCUUCCUUCGGGACGUGGUGUCAAGCUUCCCGAGGGCGACGCAAGAUGACACGCCCGAAAGGCGGUUUGUGCCUGGCCGAUCGGCAAAGAAAGUUAGUGCUCUUAUGCCGUAUAAAACAUCGCAUGUGUGUUUGGAGCCAGCUCGAGCAGACAACAACUUGCCGGCGAAGGUCAUACCCCGGGUGCUGGUUUGGGGAUUUUGCUCUUACUGCGAUGAACUGAAUUUGAAUCCUAAACAACACAUGCAGAGGCGAGAGCGCACGCUCCCCAAGAAACAUAUGAACACCCUGUUGGUGUAUGCUCUCAGACUUGUCUACAUCAGCCGCAGUGUAUCG